UUCUGAUUUUUUUAGGCAUUUUGAUACAGUGGUAAAGUGUAGGAUUAAAAUUGAUGUGACUGUUUUAUUUAAAGGAAUAAUUGAAAUAUGGGACCGCAGUGAAAGAUUUUAUUUUUGUUUUUCUCUUUUUGGGAAUUUAGUCAAAAAAGUAUAUAGUAGUUCUACUUGGGGAUAAGUUUAAUUACUAUACCAAAGCCCUGUCAAAAAUCAAAAUAUUCAACUUCUCAUUUUCCAAAUCAAAAUUUGAGGCGAGUUCGCAUAAAUUCUCCAAUACACUUCCUCAAUUUCCUCUCUACUUAAAAAUUGACUAAAUGGAAUUGUUGAAUUCCUUUAAAACACGCGUAAGGGAAUAUGACAUGAAAAAGAAUUUAAAAAAGAAAAAAAAGGGGUGGUUGACAUUCACACAAUACAAAUAACCAAAAACCGCGUGUUACCUGGGAAUGCAUUAAGAAAAAGAGAAAAGUGUUCCUCAAAAGUCCUCUUGACAACCUUAUCUCAAAGUGCUUAUCUACUCAAAAAGCAUGAUCUCACCAAUGACAAAAUCAAAUUAUUUAAAAGGUAAUUAAAUUUACUAGUGGUUUUGUUAGAUUUGGUAGUGUAUACCAGGUCUUUAGCAAAUAAAAACUACAGUCGAGGGGCCUCCGUAACAUUUGUCGCCUAAAUUGUGUUACUGUUAGUUCAAUUCAUACCCACCAGUGAGAUGCUGCUACUAAUUAUUGGAACACCAGUAGCAGCAGCCACAAGUUAAAAAGGGGGAGAUCUCUUUUCCCUUUGGUAAAGUAAAUAGUGGCUUCGCUGUUGCGCGAAGCACUUGCAACUAAAAAGGUGCUUCUUACAUAGGUACUCAAUAUUCAAUAUUUGGUAGUGAGAGUGUGCUUCGCCCCACACGCACGCGCGCACACACACACACACCCCUCCAAGUGGCUACUAGUAGAAGUGGUGGUGUUGUUGUAUGUUGACAUGCGAAUCGAUAUUUGUUUUGAGUCUCUUGGAACCACUCAAUGACUUGGAGCAUGUGGCUAUGGCUAACUCAGUCACAUGUCAACCAAUCCAACGAACGGAUGGUCGCUAUGCAAGGUAGAGAAACUAGUGCCUGUUCUUCUUAAUGCUUUUGCUUUUGAUUACAGUUAUCUUUAAUAAUAUGUUCUUUUAAUUUAAAAAGCUUGGACAGUUUUGCUGUAGUAGUAAGCAGGUUGUAGUUUUGUCACUUUUGUGUUCCAAAAAAAAAAAAGCAACGGUAACUUUGAGCUUCUGUAUCUACUGUAGAGAUAAGUUGUUAGUAGUAGAGCUUGAUAUAAUACUUCUUAUAAUAGCAUUUCUCAUACAACAUCAUCAAGCAAUUAAUAGUGUGUCCUAUAGCAAGAUCAAACUAGACCCAUUAACAUUUGAUAUUAUUUCAAUCGCUUUAUUUUAGUGCGACAUGGUACUAGCAAGUUGCCCUAUAUAGCAGUAUAUAUUGAGAGUUUGGAUACUAAGUUUCGAAUGGUAACCUAAGGGUCCAGUAUUAUUAUCUGGACCCUUAUUUGCUCAGAAAUAUAUCAAUUUGGACAUUUGCUAAGCAAGAAGUACCUAUCCAGGCCUUCAAAAGUAGAAUCUUCAGCUUGAGUAUAUUGUAAGUUGAUGAAGCUUAGUAAUUAAACUUGUAGAUCAACUUCUCUACUGUAAAGAGUAAAAUAACAAUAAUAAUAAUAAUAAAUAAUUUACAAACUAAAAGUCUAAAAUUUUUUGGUAUCACAGAAAAUGAGAAAAGAGUCCCCAAAAGCAGUUUAAGUUUUAACUUGAUGGGGCUAUCAAAAUUUUACUGCAGCUAGUAAGAAUCCUCCAUAGCUCAAAAGAGUCACAAAAGCUGCUUCUUUGAGAAUCUCAGUAUGCAGUGGAUGGUUUGGUAACCAACAUAAAUGACUUGGGUUUGCUUUAUUUAAUUAAUUAAUGGAGACUCACUUAACAACUAGCUACUAUUAAAGUAUCCAUCUCCUAAAGAGUGCCCAGCAUUGCACAUGAAGAUAAAGCACAACUGUAACAGAAAAGGUAAUGCAACCCACUUACACAUAACCAUUAAAUUAAUUAAUUAGAACUAAGCAAUAAAAAUAAUAGUAGGGUAUUAUUAUUGGUGGGUGUGAAUUAUUAAGGUAAGGUAACCACCCCCCCCACCAUGUGAAUAAUGACAAUGUCAAACACCAAACACACCCCCAUGUUUAUGGUCUUCGCACGCAAAGUCCACUCCAUACACUUACUCAAUUCUCUUUUCCUCCACACUACCAAAACGUGCACUUAAUUGACACCUAAAGCCUUUGAUAAAGUCAUCUGAACAACAGCUAUACUCGUUUCCUCUCAAAGCCUUGAAUCUUAGUUACUUCAUCAACUUGUUCUCUAUUUGGUCUAAGACUCGAAAUUAAGAUUAUUUUUGAAUCGUUAUCUAUCUAAUAUGAAUUAUUUAUCUGUUAUUAAGUUGUCUCUCGUGUUGUCUCCAUAAUACGACAACGAUCGAUGAUGUGGAAGUGUGACAUGUUGUAUUUUGAUGGCAUUAAUUGAUCAAUGUGGCACAAUGUUCAUGUGUUAGGGCCAACCCAUGUUUGAGAAGAUAAUCAUGAAGAUAAUUUUUUUUUUUUUUUUAAGGUAUGUGAGAAAAGAUGUAGAUUUAUCUAAAAAUAGAGAGAGAGAGAGAGAGAGAGAGAGAGAGAGAGUACAAGUGUGUGGGGGGCGUUAUCUAGUGGUCACCUUUUUCCAUCUCAUCUUUUUUAUUCUUUUUGCAUUAAAAUGUGAGGGGAGGGGGUUAGUUUGCUUGCAAACAAAACAAACUCGUGAGCCGAAAAAGAACCUGAUCCACGCCCCUUUCCUUCGAGGUGGAGAAAUCAACUACCACUUCCCAGACGGAGAGAGAGAGAGAGGUUUCCAUACUCUUCGUCUUUUUCUUUUUUUUUUUCUUAUCUUACUCUCAGGUUCGAAUGCGGCGACUAUAACCAUAACUAGCCAGUGCAAUUACACGAUCUGGCCCGUGAUCUGGUCGAAUCCGGGUUCGCCCGGUUUCCCCAACAUGUUCACAAGCAUCAAACUCCGCACAACCGAGUCCAAACACUUUAACAUCCCACACGGGUCGGGCUGGAUCUGGGCCCGGACCCACUGCACCAACUUCGGUAAUUCGUCGAGCACAUUUGUCUGCGCCACAGGCAACUGCCGCACCGGAGCAUUCUCCUGCGGCACAGGCCUGUCGCCGCCCAUCACCUUUGUUGAGCUCAAUAUUGGACCGUCCGGCAAACCUAACGGCGACGCGUACCAAGUCAGCGUCGCCGCGGGGUUCAACGUGCCGGUUGACGUCACCCCGCGAUAUGGACCGGAUUGUAGUAAUGCCGCGUGUGCGACGGACAUCAAUGCGGUGUGCCCGCCGGAGUUACGGGUGGUGAGGCGGGCCGGAGGGCCCACGAUCAGGUGCAUGAGCGGGUGCCAGGCCUUGGGGGACGAGGCCGACUGUUGCCUGGGCCGGUAUUGGGGGCCCGAUAAAUGCAGGCCCACUAAGUUUGCACUCAUGCUCAAGAGCCUGUGUCCCUCGGCCAAGAGCUUCGUUUACGAGAAUGCUUUUCGUUACUGCAGUGGGGGUUGGGAAUAUCUCGUGACAUUUUGUCCUGAAUAUUAG